CAACUAACCACCAACUAAUCCUCACCUCACCUCUCCUUCAGCCAUGGCGGGGACUCCUCUUUUUCCAUCGUCAGUCUCCUUCCGUCCAAGACUGAUGUCCCCAAUUACUCGCCUCCUCCUUUUCCUCCAGCUCAUCACUCUAAUCUUUACUUCGAAUUGCCGAGACUACGACCCCAUGCUUCUCCGUGAAAAAACCCUCUUCUUCUCCAAUAAGUCGGCGUUCAAGAUCGCACUGUUCGCCGAUCUCCACUACGGCGAGAACGCCUGGACCGACUGGGGUCCCGCACAGGACGUCAAUUCCGAUCGGGUCAUGUCAACGGUGCUCGAUCAAGAGACGCCAGAUUUUGUGGUCUAUCUUGGCGACGUUAUUACUGCAAACAAUCUUCCAAUUCCUAAUGCAAGCUUAUACUGGGACCGGGCUAUUUCUCCUACAAAAAGCCGAGGAAUUCCUUGGGCUACAGUAUUUGGAAACCAUGAUGACGCACAAUUUGAGUGGCCAUCUGAAUGGUUUUCUGCCACUGGAAUUCCAGAGGUGCAAUGUCCACAAGAAAACAUCUCAAUUUCAGGAGAAGAAUGUACUUUUAGAGGGACAACACGUGUUGAAUUGAUGAAGAAGGAAAUUAGCAGCAAUAGGCUAUCUUAUUCAAUGAAUGGUCCUAGGGAACUUUGGCCUGGUGUUUCCAACUAUGUAUUGCAACUAUCUUCAUCCAAGGACCCAGAUUCACCAGGUGUAUUUCUGUAUUUCCUUGAUUCUGGUGGUGGUUCCUAUCCAGAAGUCAUAUCUAGUGCUCAGGCUAAAUGGUUCCAGAAGCAAUCACAGGCGAUUAACCCUGAUGCAAGGAUCCAUGAGAUUAUCUUUUGGCAUAUACCAAGUACAGCAUACAAGAAAAUAGCUCCUCUUCCUAUUUUUGGAAUACACAAACCAUGUGUUGGUUCUAUCAACAAAGAAAGAGUAGCUUCCCAAGAACAUGAAUGGGGGAUUAUGGACAUUCUUGUACAUAGGCCUUCUGUUAAGGCAGUCUUUGUUGGCCACAACCAUGGGUUAGAUUGGUGCUGCCCCUAUAAGAAUCUUUGGCUGUGCUUUGCUCGCCAUACCGGCUAUGGUGGUUAUGGAGACUGGCCCCGAGGUGCAAGAAUUAUUCAGAUGACCGAACAGCCAUUUACACUCAAGUCUUGGAUAAGGAUGGAGGAUGGGUCUGAGCAUAGCGAGGUCAUCUUGAGCUCAGAAAGCACCUGCAGCUGUUAAAUAAAAGAGAGAAAAUAAUGUAAAUUAAUUGUAUAGCAGAAUUUCAUUAGUCUCUCAUGUGUCACAUAUACAUAUUUUACAUUACCAUAUCAUCAUUCUUAUGUUUGCUGCUGAGUGAAAAGUUCUGAAUUCUCACAUGAGGUCCAUGUGAUUGGGACCAUCAAAUUAGUAUGUUUCCCAAGGU